AUGUCGGACUAUGAAGACGAAAUGGAUGUGGACAUUGUCCCGUCCAAAGACAAGGCAAUACACUUCAGCUCAGACAACACCGCAGGAAAGCAGAAGAGGAUAGUCGCAGAUCUUCCGAUCGAAGCGGAAGAUAACCUGCCAUGGGUUGAGAAGUACCGUCCAAAUACACUCGACGAUGUUUCUGGCCACCAAGAUAUUCUCGCGACCAUCAAUCGCUUUGUCGAGCGCAACCGACUUCCACAUCUUCUCCUCUAUGGACCACCAGGUACUGGUAAGACUUCAACAAUCUUGGCUCUUGCCAGGCAGAUUUACGGCCCCAAGAACAUGCGACAGAUGGCUCUUGAAUUGAACGCAUCGGAUGAUCGAGGAAUUGACGUGGUUCGCGAACAAAUCAAGACUUUUGCUUCGACGAAACAAAUCUUCAGUACAUCAACGCAGCAAACAUCCUCAACGGCUAAAUUUGGGAUCGGCGCAUUUAAAUUGAUCAUUCUGGAUGAAGCAGAUGCCAUGACGAGUGCAGCACAAAUGGCACUCCGGCGAAUCAUGGAAAAAUAUACCGCAAAUACUCGAUUCUGUAUCAUUGCCAACUACACACACAAGCUCUCCCCGGCGCUACUGUCCAGAUGUACGAGGUUCCGAUUUUCCCCUCUCAAAGAGGCAGAUAUCCGACGGCUUGUUGACCAUGUCAUUCUACAAGAGCACGUCAAUAUCGUCCCCGAAGCAAUCGACUCACUUGUCAAGUUAUCCAAGGGAGACAUGCGCCGGGCACUCAACGUUCUUCAAGCAUGUCAUGCUGGAUCGAGACCAUUACCUAUGCGAGGACAACCGCCAAUUAAGGAGGCCGACAUCAAAUACGAUCUCAUCACUAAUGACACGAUUUACAAUUGUAUUGCUGCACCCCAUCCAGAGGAUAUUCGAUUGAUCAUGACAACGAUGUUGAGCACACCGGACGUGACCAGUUGCCUCACAACCAUUAACGCUCUAAAGAGCAGUCGUGGCCUGGCUCUGGCAGAUAUUUUGACUGCAUUAGCUGAAGAAUUGCAAACGCUUGAGGCCAGCACGGCGACACGUGUGACGUGGCUGGAAGGACUGGCCGAGAUUGAGUAUAGACUUGCGGGAGGCGGCAGCGAAGGCGUGCAAACUGGAGGAAUGGUAGGGGUGGUGAGAUCUGGGUGUGAGCUUGUAGGGGCAAAAGGAAUAGGGGAAAUGAUGAGUGUUGAUGGUUGA